CAUACUUUCUCAGCACAGUUGACGAUUUCAGAAGAAAAAAAAAAAAUCUUAAAACAGAGAAACUUGCUCAGAUUCUAGGGAGAGUGAGAGAGGAAGAAUUUCAGAAUUGUUGAAGAUGAUCGGUAUGCAUUAGAUUCAAUCAUUGAUCGGAACACCAAUACCAUGGAUAAGGAAACGGAGAUUCUCUCCCGUCUCGCCGCGAACCACCUUCACCUUGCUCAAUUCGAGCCGUUAAAGGCAACGUUACUCGCUCUCAGGGUUCGAAACCCUGACCUCGCACACUCGAUUCUCCAGACCAUCGUCUCCAACGCCGGUAGAUUCGAGAAUGUCCUCUGGUCACCACGCUCUUGCUCUUCCCCGUCUCUUCUCGCCUUCCUCUCCACCAUCGAGCUUCUCAGAUUCGAAAACUCUACUUCCCCUUGGGGGUUCGACUCAGAGACUCUCGGUUUGCGUGCGGAUUUCUUGUUGAUGGUCCAGGUUUUGAUCGAUAGAGUUAGGGAUGGUGGUGAGAAGGAAGGAAACCGUGUACGGGUUUUGCAAGGUUUUUUGGAUUUGGGUGUUGAGAGGUUGAGGUUUGAUGUUGAUGCAAGUAGCAGCUUUAUGAUUGAAGAAGAUGAUGUUAUGGCUUUGAGGAGUAUAGUAUUGGAUUACUCUGAUGUUUUCGAUGCCUUGUGCUGUAACAUUAAGAGGCAACUUAAUGGUUCCAACAGCUGUAUGGUGGAGGAAGUAAUGGAGAGAAACGAGGCGAUAGAUAUUGAUCCUCGAGGAGAGGAUAACAAUGAUGUGUUUGCUUUGAUACACAGAAAUGUUCAGUUAGCACAGUUGGAUGCUAUGAGAAGAAAACUGGAUGAAGGAGAUGAGCUCGGGGCAGCUGAUCGAAUACGCUAUCUUCACCUUGAUUAUGGCGUGGAGAAAGAGGAUUAUCAUUCCGUUCUAAAAGAUCUUCUUUCAAGAGUUAUGGAAAAAAAGGAUGAAUAUGGUGACUCCUGGCACAUGGUGCGCCGGAACUUGCUGUUUAUCUAUAAGGAAGCUCUCUCUUCUAAUUGCGGAGAUCUUCUUCAGAUGAUUCAGGGUAUCCAAGAUGGUUUGCUUCUACCAGAUAACCAUCUACAUAUAUCUCUCGACAAUGACCAAAUUCCUCCCCCUCUAGAGUGUUUCCUGAGAUGCCUUGUAGACCUGAAAACUGAGAGAAAUGUAGAGGACAAAAACUCCCCGCUGAGCAUGGCAGUUAAUUCUUGCCUCAGAGACAUGUAUCAUUAUGCUCGUAUUUCUGGAUCACAUGUGCUUGAGUGUGUGAUGUGUGCUGCUUUGUCUUACGUGAAGAAAGAAAUGCUUCAGGAGGCUAAUGAUGUUCUUACUUUGUUUCCCAGACUUCGCCCAUUAGUAGCUUCCAUGGGUUGGGACAUGUUGCCUGGAAAAACUGCAGCCCGUAGAAAGCUGAUGCGGCUACUUUGGUCUAGUAACUCACAAGCAAUUCGGUUAGAAGAAUCUACUCUUUAUGGAAACAAUACAGAUGAAAAAUCUUGUGUGGAACAUCUCUGCGAUACAUUAUGUUAUCGGCUGGACCUUGCAUCUUUCGCUGCUUAUAUCAGUUCUGGUAAAUCUUGUACCCCAAAGGCAUCUUUCUUGAUGCAUGGUAAUGUGUCAUCUGAGAAUAAUGAUGCGGAGGUGGAUCCUUUUGUUGAAAAUCUUGUGUUGGAAAGGCUUUCUGCGCAGAGUCCACUUCGGGUGUUGUUUGAUGUUGUUCCGGGUAUAAAAUUCAAAGAAGCUAUAUCACUGAUUAGUAUGCAACCUAUUGCUUCAACUGCAGAAGCCUGGAAGAGGAUUCAAGAUAUUGAAUUGAUGCAUAUGCGUUAUGCUUUGGAGGCUAUUGUUUUAGCAUUAGGUGCGAUGGACGAGGUCAUUAAAGAUGAGACGGAUACUAGUCAUCAUGUGGUAUUUUACUAUUUAAAAGACCUCACCACCCAUUUGGAGGCCAUUAAAAAUGUUCCACGCAAGAUUAUGAUGGUCAACAUAGUUAUUUCACUCUUACAUAUUGAUGAUAUUCGUCUCAGUUCUACUUCUAGUUUGGAUCUUGGCGAUCUUACUACAGAAGGGGAAAAUGAAAUUGUUAUAUCUUUCACAAGAAAGCUACUCAAUGUUUUACGCCGCAAUCUUCCAUCAGAGCUGAUUGAACAAGAGUGUCAACUGGAUGGUAGUUACAGUGCUGAUGGAAGACAGGCUUUAGAAUGGAGAGUAUCGAUGGCUAAACAUUUCAUUGAAGAUUGUGAAUGGCGGUUAUCUAUUAUGCAGCAUCUUUUGCCACUUUCUGAACGCCAGUGGGGUUUAAAGGAUGUUUUAAGUGUUCUAAGGGCGGCCCCUGCAAAACUACUUAACCUCUGCAUGCAAAGAGCUAAGUAUGACAUUGGAGAGCAGGCAGUUCAUCGUUUUGCCCUAUCAGCAGAGGACAAAGCUACUCUUGAAUUAGCUGAAUGGGUGGAUAAUGCCUUCAACAGAACAUUGGUAGAAGAUGUGAUGUCUCGUACUGCUGAGGGAGCAUCUGCGGUUCAAGAUUUAGAUUUUGGUUCUCUAGCUUCUCAAUUGAGUCCAUUGGCUGUGAUUUUACUAUGCAUAGAUGCGGCUGCUUCUUCUGCCAAAUCUACAAAAAUUUCCAAACAGUUAUUGGAUAAGUCGCAAGUUAUGUUAUCCGAAAUAUAUCCUGGAGGAUCUCCAAAGGUGGGGUUUACUUACUGGGAUCAGGUCCACGAAGUUGCAAUAAUCUCUGUAUUGCGAAGGAUCUUAAAGCGUCUACAGGAAUUCCUGGAACAGGAUAACCCUCAAACUCUUCAAGCCAGUUUUAGUGGAGAUACCAUCAUUUCUUCAGCCACGGAAUCUCAUCGACAGGGUCAAAAAGAUCGCGCUCUUGCAAUGCUACAUCAAAUGAUUGAGGAUGCUCAUAAGGGCAAGCGACAGUUCCUGAGUGGAAAGCUUCACAACCUAGCGAGAGCAAUCGCUGAUGAAAAACCAGAAGUUGACAUACUCAAAGGGGACGUAAGAGACAUGACUUUUGACAAGGAUGGAGUUCUUGGUCUUGGUCUAAAACAUAAGAAGCAAAGUCCUUCUGGUUCAGCAAGUAGAGAUGUGGAUGAAAAUCAUGUAUCACAUGAAAGCGAAGAGAAGGGAAAGAGGUCAUUUGGCCCAUUUAGCAACAAAACCUCUACUUAUCUAUCUCAGUUUAUACUCUAUAUUGCUGCUAUUGGUGACAUAGUAGACGGCACUGAUACAACCCAUGAUUUCAACUUUUUCUCUCUUGUUUAUGAAUGGCCUAAAGAUCUAUUGACGCGACUGGUGUUUGAUCGAAGUAGCACAGAUGCGGCUGCAAAAGUCGCUGAGGUCAUGUCUGCUGAUUUUGUUCAUGAAGUAAUAUCUGCGUGUGUUCCCCCAGUUUAUCCUCCACGUUCUGGUCAUGGAUGGGCUUGUAUUCCCGUCAUUCCAACCACUACAUAUUCUCACUCAGAAAGUAAAGUGAUGUCUCCUUCAAAAGAGGCUAAACCCAACUGUUAUGUCCGUUCCUCAGCAACACCUGGUGUCCCUCUGUAUCCUCUUCAAUUGGAUGUUAUCAGACGUUUGGUUAAAAUAUCCCCAGUACGAGCAGUUUUAGCUUGCGUAUUUGGUGGGAGCAUAUUGUACAAUGGCAGUGAUUCUGUCAUCUCGAGCUCCUUGAACGAUGAGUUCACAAGUUCUCCUGAUGCAGACAGAUUAUUUUAUGAAUUUUCUCUUGAUCAGUCUGAGAGGUUUCCCACUUUAAACCGAUGGAUACAAAUGCAGACCAACCUUCAUCGAGUUUCUGAAUUUGUUGUGACACCUAAGCAAAAACCUGAUGACGCGCGGAUUAAAACUGAUGAAAGAACUGCGAUCAAGAGACUUCGUGAACAUGACAGUGACUCGGAAUCGGAUGCCGAAGAGGCUUUUUCCAACAAUAUUCGACCAGCAUUGACACACUACAGUGCUCGUGAUGGUGGAUCCUUUGAAACUGGAGCUAGUAGAACUGAUCCUACAGUUUUCCUUUCUUUUGAUUGGGAGAAUGAAGGACCAUACGAAACUGCUGUAAAUAGAUUAAUUGAUGAAGGAAAACUAAUGGAUGCGUUAGCACUUUCGGACCGCUUCUUGCGGAAUGGGGCUUCCGAUUGGUUACUUGAGCUCCUAAUCAAAAGUAGCGAAGAAACUCCUUCAACAUUGGGACGAUCUCAGGGAUAUGGAAGUCAGAGGAUCUGGAGCAACAGUUGGCAGUAUUGCCUGCGACUAAAGGAUAAACAGCUGGCAGUGACACUCGCUCUUAAGUAUAUGGAUACGUGGGAGCUUGAUGCAGCUUUAAAUGUUCUUACAAUGUGUAGUUGUCAUCUCUUAGAAAGCGAUCCAGUUAGCUAUGAGGUGUUACAUAGGAGAAAAGCUCUGCAGAAGUACAGCCACAUACUUUCUGCAGAUGAUCGCCAUAAUAGCUGGCAAGAGGUAGAAGCCGAAUGUAAAGAAGACCCUGAAGGCUUGGCUUUAAGAUUGGCUGGGAAAGGAGCUGUUUCAGCUGCUCUGGAAGUUGCUGAAAGUGCAGAAUUAUCAAUAGAUCUUAGAAGAGAAUUACAAGGACGACAGCUUGUAAAGCUUCUAACCACUGAUCCACUCAAUGGUGGUGGUCCUGCAGAAGCGUCUCGAUUUCUUUCUUCACUUCAAGACUCCGCUGAUGCACUACCAGUGGUGAUGGGUGCAAUGCAGUUAUUACCUGACCUUCGUUCAAAACAGCUCCUGGUCCAUUUCUUUCUGAAGCGAAGAGAUAGCAAUCUGUCGGAUCUGGAAGUGUCCCGGCUUAACUCCUGGGCUUUAGGUCUGAAAGUGUUAGCUGCAUUGCCACUUCCUUGGCAACAGAGAUGCUCUUCGCUUCAUGAGCAUCCUCAUUUAAUAUUAGAAGCUCUGCUGAUGAGGAAACAGUUACAAUAUGCCUCACUGAUACUCAGAGAGUUCCCAGCAUUAAGAGAUAACAAUGUUAUCAUGGCCUAUGCAGCAAAAGCUAUUGCUGUUAUAGUUAGCCCACCGCCCAGAGAACCUCGAAUAACUGUGUCUGCAUCACGGUUAAGGCAAAAGCAAAGGGCAGGGCCAGCAAAACCAUCCUUCACUAGUAGUUUAAGCAAUUUUCAGAGAGAGGCCCGAAGAGCAUUUUCAUGGGGACCACGUAAUGCUGAAAACAGGACGACGUCAAAGGAUGUUCGUAAAAGAAAGAGUUCCGGGCUUGGGGCACCUGAGAGAGCUGCUUGGGAGGCGAUGACAGGUAUUCAAGAGGACCAGGGAUCAUCUUUUUCAGCAGAUGGGCAAGAUAGACUACCUUCUGUUUCCAUUGCAGAAGAAUGGAUGUUAACUGGCGAAACAACCAAAGAUGAAGCUGUACGUGCAUCUCACAAAUAUGAAAGCACCCCCGAUAUUGUUCUCUUCAAGGCUCUGCUAUCACUUUGUUCUGAUGAGCUAGUAUCAGCAAGAACUGCAAUUGAAUUAUGCAUCAACCAAAUGAAGAACGUAUUGAACUCCAAGAAGUUAUCAGAGGCUGCAUCUGUUGAAACAAUUGGUCGAGCAUAUCAUGCAACGGAGGCAUUUGUGCAGGGUUUAACUUAUGCGAAAUCAUUGCUGAGAAAGCUUCUAGGUGCCUCUGAAUUUACCAAUAACAACGGUGAUAGAAAUAGAGAUCUUGAUGAUAUAUCUUCUGAUACUGGCAGCUCCAGUGUUGGCAGUCAAUCAACGGACGAACCAUCCGAAGUUCUCUCACUUGCAGAAAUUUGGCUGGGGCGUGCUGAGUUGCUCCAAAGUCUCCUAGGGUCUGGAAUUUCUGCUUCUCUUGAUGACAUUGCUGAUAAAUUGUCAUCGGAAUCUCUACGAGACCGAUUAGUAUCUGAUGAACGGUAUAGUAUGGCCGUUUAUAUGUGCAAGAAAUGCAAGAUCGAUGUUUUUCCUGUGUGGAAAGCAUGGGGUCUUGCUUUGUUGCGGAUGGAGCGCUAUGCCCAAGCUCGAGUCAAAUUCAAGCAAGCCUUUCAAUUAAAGGGGGAAGACAUUCCUGAUGUCAUUCAGGAGAUAAUAAAUACAAUAGAGGGAGGACCGCCUGUGGACGUGUCAACUGUUCGUUCCAUGUAUGACCAUCUGGCUAAAAGCGCGCCAACAAUUUUGGACGAUUCUUUAUCAGCAGACUCGUACCUAAAUGUUCUGCAUAUGCCAUCGACAUUCCCUCGUUCAGAAAGAUCAAGGAGAUCCCUAGAAUCAGAAAAGAAUAAUUCUCUACCAGGUUCAGACUUUGAAGAUGGGCCCCGAAGCAACUUGGAUAGUACUCGCUACUCUGAGUGCACCAACUACUUGCAGGAGCAUUCUCGCCAAAACCUUCUUGGUUUUAUGUUCCGGCACGGCCACUUUAAAGAUGCAUGCAUUUUAUUCUUUCCACCAAGUGCUCUUCCCCCUCCUUUGCAAAGUUUAUCUCUGGGCGCAGUCAGUUCGUCUUCUUCACCUCAACGAACAGAUCCAUUGGCAACCGAGUAUGGUACCAUUGAAACUUUGUGCGAGUUUUGUGUUGGUUAUGGAGCUAUAUCAUCCCUCGAGGAAGUAAUCACAGAAAGACUUGACUCCGCAAAGCAUCAAGAUCAAGCCAUAAACCAGUACAUAGCUGGAGCUCUUUCACGUAUUUGUGCCUUCUUAGAGACAAACCGGCAUUUCAAUUACCUAUACAAGUUUCUGGUACUCAAGAAGGAUUAUGUCACCUCUGGGUAUUGCUGUAUUCAGCUUUUUAUGAAUUCUACCACUCAGGAGGAAGCUGUAAGGCAUCUUGAGCAUGCAAAGGCACACUUUGAAGAAGCAUUGACAGCGCGUCAUAGAGGUUCAGACUCGAAAAAACUUGUUAUAAAGGGCGUUAGAGGCAAAGGUGUCAAUGAGAAGCUGAGUGAAGAAGCUCUGGUUACGUUGUCCUCUCGGGUUAAAAUGCAGAUUGAUGUGGUAAAGUCCUUCAGCGAUUCUGAAGGAGCACCAUGGAAGCUUUCCUUGUUUGGAAAUCCAAAUGAUUCAGAGACAUCCAGGAGAAGAUGUGAAAUAGUGGAGACUCUUGUUGAGAAAAACUUUGACUUGGCUUUUCAAGUUAUAUAUGAAUUUAAGCUCUCAGCUGUUGAUAUAUAUGCUGGUGUUGCUGCAUCACUCGCCGAUAGGAAGAAAGGCAGUCAGUUGACAGAACUAUUCAAAAACAUCAAAGGAACGAUCCAAGAUGAUGACUGGGAUCAGGUCCUGGGUGCUGCCAUCAAUGUAUAUGCCAACAAGCACAAAGAGCGCCCUGACCGUCUCAUAGACAUGUUAACAAGCAGCCAUCGAAAGGUGCUGGCUUGCGUGGUAUGUGGCCGCCUGAAAAGGGCGUUCCAGAUUGCGUCCAAAAGCGGUAAUGUGGCUGAUGUUCAAUAUGUAGCUCAUCAAGCCUCACAUGCCAAUUCGCACACUGUACUCGGUAUGUGCAAGCAAUGGCUAUCUCAAAACAUGUAAAGCCUUGUAAUCUCCAUGACAUCGGUUCAAAGGCAACGUAAAAAAAUACCUCUCGAGGUACACAUCGUUUUGGCUGAUUCGCGAUUAGUCUUGCCUCAGCUUUUUUUUGUUCACUUCUAGUAAAAUAGAAAGACUACAUAUGUUUUUUGUUUAAAAUAUCGAGGGCAGGUUGUUUAAAAAGAACCUGGUGGAAAAUAGUUUAAUCACUCAUAUGAAGAUCAUUGACUUGAUUUUGACCUGCGAGAGAUUGUGCAAAUGGAGAAAAUGCAUAGGUAUACUUGUAAAAAAAAUUUGGGUUCACCAUGGUUGGCAUUUACGAUUUAAUGUGAGAUGGUGUCCUCGUUUUGUGUUGGA